GUAUGACUUGGUAAGUUUCAAUUAAGGGUUAAGUAACUAGCAACAAGAUGCAGAUGGGUGUUGGUAGCAGUAAUAUUAAAUGGGGAUUAAUAAAUGUUAUUGCUGUGGUAUUGUGUUUAUUAUCUACUACAAUAAUAAUAAUGACACCUUCUCAGGGGAGUAGUAUACCAGCAGUGGCACUCUUUGUUUUCGGGGAUUCACUGUUCGAUCCCGGCAACAACAAUUACAUCAACACCACUACUGAGUUCCAGGCUAAUUUUUGGCCAUACGGUCAGUCUUACUUCAGUCCUCCUACCGGAAGAUUCUCAGAUGGCCGUCUUAUCCCAGAUUUUAUAGCCGAGUAUGCAAGACUGCCUCUCAUUCCGACCUAUCUUGAACCCAAUAAUAAUAGUGACAAAUUUACCCAUGGAGCAAAUUUUGCAUCCGGAGGAGCUGGUGCCUUGAUUGACACCCAUGCUGGAUUGGUAGUUGAUCUUCAAACACAGCUACGCUACUUUGGUGAUUUAGAAAAUGAGUAUAGGAUGAGGUUAGGUGUAACCAAGUCCCAGCAGCUACUAUCCAGUGCCGUCUACUUGUUUAGUUGUGGAGGCAACGACUACCAAACCUUUGUGGCUCCGAAUGCGUAUGAGCAAUACGUGGACAUGGUGAUAGGCAACUUGACUAAUGUCGUCAAGGGAAUAUAUGAAAAAGGUGGGAGAAAAUUUGGGUUUGUGACUACCCCGCUUAUAGGCUGUUGGCCAGCCAUUCGGAUGAGACAACCUGGGGAAACUUGCAGCAAAGAGAUCGAUGAUAUUACUAGACUUCACAAUCAAGCAUUUGCCAAACAGCUAAAAACCUUGGGGGAGCAAUUGGAAGGAUUUGUGUAUGCAAAGUUUGAUUUUGCUACCGCCAUUAGCAAUAGAAUGAAGAACCCAUCAAAAUAUGGUUAUAAGGAAGGUGAGACGGCAUGUUGCGGCAGUGGUCCUUUUCGAGGGAUUUACAGCUGUGGAGGGAUGAGAGGAAUACAAGAGUAUGAACUUUGUGAUAACGCUACUGAAAGUUUAUUCUUUGAUUCUUUUCAUCCCAACGAAUUGGCAAGUCGCCAAUUUGCAGAUCUGUUUUGGAAUGGGAAUACCAUGGUAACCGAGCCUUACAAUUUAAAAGCACUUUUUGAAGGGAAGGUCUCAACGAACUUUCUCCAAAAUGAUGAAUUGUAAUGUGGCACACAUAUAUUCCGUCAUGGUUAAUGGGUUUGAACUUGAAAUUGUAAUGACUCCUUUAGUGGUAAUCGCCAAAGCUCUACAAACAAGUUAAACUUAAUUGUCCUUGAUAUAUAUAUAGAUCUUCACAAGUUUGGUCUCUUCAAAUUAAACUUGGUUUGCUUUGCUAGUUAAUUAUGGACGACGAUGGUGCGUAUCCUAUAUAUGCUUUGCCAGUUCAGAACACGAAGCCACAUGGUUCGCAGGAGUAAUUAAGUUUGUUUUCUAUGUUUUGUUAGCUUUAAUUACUCUUUUGAUAUGUAACGGGGAGGUCCCCUAUACAUGUUAUCCGAUAGAUGGUAUUCGAGAAAGAUAAGCUUAAUUAUGACUCAAA